AUUACAUUUUAUUUCCCAGGUUGCAAUGCCAUGGAGAAGUUUCCACUGAAAGGUACGAACUUGUUGAACACUACAAUACCGCAAAAUUAUCAGAACACAUUAACGACAUACCAAUCUCUUGAUACAAAGGUAGAGAACUCUGACGAUGUGCAUUUUGUAGAGGAUGUGCGAUCGCGGAAUCGAACUGCUGGACGUGAGAAUAAUCUGAGCAGCGACGAAGACAUGUUGGAGGUCAACAAUGUAAACUCCCACCAAGGGGACAGUACUGUCUUCUCAGACAAUUGUAUUCGCAUUGACGAUUCGUCCUCUCACAUUUCAGUGGAUUCCGAUGACAUUCCUGGAAUUGGCCAGUAUGAUGAUUUCCAUACAAUCGACUGGCAAAGGGAUAUUGCCAGAGAUAGAAUGCGGCAUCGAUACAUUGUCAAGAAAAAGCAUGAUUCCAUUUGGCGCUUGAUCAAGGGUGCUCACGAUGCGUGGUCCGGAUGGCUCUGUGUUUUGUUCGUCGGUUUCUUUACAGGAGUUGCAGCAGGUAUCAUAGACAUUGGUGCCUCGUGGAUGACCGACUUAAAGUUUGGUAUAUGCCCCCAAGCUUUUUGGUUGAACAAAGAACAAUGUUGUUGGAGCUACAAUGAGACAACUUUCGAUGGUGCCAACUGUACUCAGUGGUUGGCGUGGCCGGAAGUAUUUAGCCAAUCGAAGGAUGGCGCAGGACCUUACAUGAUCUCAUAUAUGUUUUACAUAGCAUGGGCUCUUUUGUUCGCGUCUCUCUCUGCAUCAUUAGUAAGAAUGUUUGCUCCAUAUGCCUGUGGCUCUGGUAUUCCUGAAAUAAAAACCAUACUAAGUGGAUUCAUUAUUCGUGGAUACUUAGGAAAAUGGACGCUGAUAAUCAAAUCAGUCGGUCUAAUCUUAUCAGUUUCGGCGGGAUUAAAUUUGGGCAAGGAGGGACCAAUGGUCCAUAUAGCCUGUUGCAUAGGGAACAUAUUUUCCUAUCUAUUUCCAAAGUAUGGCAAAAACGAAGCUAAGAAAAGAGAGAUCUUAUCAGCAGCUGCUGCUGCCGGGGUCUCAGUGGCUUUCGGUGCUCCAAUUGGAGGCGUUCUUUUCAGUCUUGAAGAGGUGAGCUAUUAUUUUCCUCUGAAAACGUUAUGGCGAUCAUUCUUUUGUGCUUUGAUAGCUGCAUUUGUACUGCGAUCGAUAAACCCCUUUGGCAACGAGCACUCAGUGCUCUUUUAUGUUGAAUACAACAAACCCUGGAUAUUCUUCGAGCUAAUACCUUUUAUCAUGCUGGGUAUAAUCGGGGGAGUGAUCGCUACUUUGUUCAUCAAGGCAAACUUGUUUUGGUGUCGGUACCGCAAGACGUCGAAGCUGGGUCAGUAUCCGGUCACCGAAGUUCUGAUAGUGACGGUGGCAACGGCAGUGAUUGGAUAUCCAAAUCCGUAUACUAGGAUGAGUACCAGUCAACUUAUUUAUCUAUUGUUCAGUCAGUGCGGGGUAUCGAACGCUGAUAUUUUAUGCGACUACAACAGAAAUUUCACUGCGGUGAAAUCAGCGAUAGAAAUAGCGGCAGCCGGUCCUGGAGUCUAUAAGGCAAUAUGGCUGCUGGUAUUAGCAUUAAUCCUGAAACUCGUCAUGACGAUAUUCACGUUCGGCAUGAAAGUACCUUGCGGUCUAUUUAUCCCGUCGCUUUGCCUGGGAGCCAUAAUGGGUCGCAUAGUUGGCAUAGGCAUGGAGCAACUCGCUUACAAUUAUCCACAUAUUUGGAUGUUCAGCGAAGAAUGUUCUACCGGCGUGGAUUGCAUUACUCCAGGAUUGUACGCGAUGGUAGGAGCUGCUGCUGUCCUUGGCGGGGUCACCAGAAUGACAGUGUCUUUGGUGGUGAUCAUGUUCGAGUUAACGGGUGGUGUAAGGUACAUCGUGCCCCUGAUGGCUGCAGCCAUGGCCAGCAAAUGGGUGGGCGAUGCCCUUGGGAAGCAGGGCAUCUAUGAUGCGCACAUUGACUUAAACGGCUAUCCAUUCCUUGAUAGCAAGGACGAAUUUCAACACACCACCCUUGCCGCAGACGUUAUGCAACCCAAGCGAAACGAAGCCCUCCACGUGCUUACGCAAGAUUCAAUGACGGUUGAGGAUGUUGAGAAUUUGCUGAAGGAAACAGAGCACAAUGGUUUCCCCGUGAUAGUGUCCAAAGAGUCCCAGUAUUUGGUUGGUUUCGUAUCGCGCAGAGAUUUGAAUCUUGCAAUUGCAAAUGCUAAACGCAUGAUAGAGGAAAUCACUGGGCAGUCGUUAGUCCUGUUCACCAAUGGAAACAAUAUUCAGAACCACUCCCCUCCGCCUCUGAAGUUGAAGAAGAUCCUUGACAUGGCUCCGAUCACUAUUACAGACCAGACACCCAUGGAAACCGUCGUUGAUAUGUUUAGGAAGUUAGGUUUGAGGCAGACGCUUGUCACGCAUAACGGUCGACUUUUGGGAGUCAUCACGAAGAAAGAUGUAUUGAGACACGUGAAGCAGCUCGACAACGAAGAUCCUAAUUCCGUAUUGUUUAACUGAAAUGUAUAUAAAAUUGUGUAAGAGAAGAUGGUAAGAAGCGUUUUAUAAUGUAGUAGGAAUCGAGAAGAAAGCUACAAGGAAUUGCUCUCGCGUCCGUUCGAUCUUUUAAUUCCAAAAGGGAUGAAACUCUCAUAUCCUUCGCAAUUUCCAAAGUUAAUGUAUUUUUAUAAUUUAGUAUUUAUAACGUUGCUAAAAUGUGGUUUUAAGAACAUAGUGCAUGCACGAGCAAUUAUAUUAGAUAUUGCAAUGAAUUGGAGCAAUUUUGAAAUAUUUUUAAGUCGCGAAAGGGUGAGAUACUACUUUUUAAAUUAUUUCGGACGUACUAUACUUUAUAAAAUGCUUCGGACAUCUGAUUGAUAUUCAUACGCGAGGUAUGUGGCAAUUAGGACGCAUGUACUCCUCGUACAUGAAAAGAUGGCACAGAGAACCUUCUAAGAGCAUCUAUGCCCAUCACCUGAUGUCCCUACUUCUAGUAUCCAGCUACUAUCCAUAAGAGUGGGGUCUCGCAGAUCUCCCCGCACUCCGCCGUCGAUAUCUCCCCAUCUUUUCGUGGAUGGUGAGUACGUCAUAUACAUGAAUGUAAACGAGAACAUGCUCUUAAUUUUUUAAACGAACUUUCGAUUUUAAAGAGACUAGAGUUAAUCGAACACUUGUAAUCAUGAUAGAGGAGAAAAGACAGAUUGCAGUUGAUUUCUUUUGGGUCGCUGGAAAAAAGCUAUUGGGAGCUCGGAGCCACUCCCCUAGCUGUAAUAGAGUAUUUUGGUUGACGCGAAGUGCAACGGAAAUUUUAGAAAGUGUAAUAGAAUACUUGUUGCUUAGUUCGAUUUUUCUUAUCUUAAAAUGCGAACCAAAAAUGAAUUUCCGAUCGACACUGUCGAUUUUCGGUAUAAAUAUGUAUAUAUACAGAUACAGUAUGCGAGCACGUAUGCAAUUAGUAUAAGCAUAUGGAUGUUAUGAGUACUGACGUUACUGUGCAUCUUUAUAUGGAUAUGUACCAAUGUUGAACUACUAAUGUAAAAAUAAAUGCAUUGUUUACACUAUAAUCUGUUAGUGUAACCGCUCGAUUAUGAUGAUUAGAUUGCGGGUUUUCAUACGCUUGCUGCGUCUGCAUAUAUUUGGAAUACGAGAUAACGUUCAUAUGAUUAUUUCAUUGAAAAAUUAAUAUUUAUAUUGUAUUUGUUAUCGCAAGGAAUUUGCAUCCUGAUUUUAGCUCUUAGGAGAUUAGAUGUGCAAAUGAGAAACUGAAUGAAGAUCCGCUGUCUAGUGAUGAUAGGGGAGAUGGUACUGUCCUAUGUCACAUUUACUAUUAUUUAAUAUUUUAAUUUAAUUGCAUUGUUACAGCAACUUGUAUUUUAAAUUAUACCAAAUGAUAUGUUUCGUAUAAUAAUACUCAUGUUAUUUUUAAUAAUAUAAGCGAUUUACAUACUUUAUAAUAGUAUUUACAAUGUAUGUAACAGGGAAUUUUUAUAGUGCAGGGAUAUUUAUAAACAAAUUAAUUUUCCAAAAAUCAAAA